AUGGCGUCUAUUCCUAGUCAGCAGCCUGCUACCAAAGAAUCCGACCACUUGGUGGACCUCGGUCCGCAAGAGCUCAAGGAAGGCCUCGAAGAAUAUCUCACUAGUAUUGAAGGCGAUGGUUCAUUUGCACUCUUCGAGCCUCUCCAAGACCCACCAAAUCCUGGAAUUCACCUCAAAGAAGGUGGAUUGGUUGGCCUUCCCUUGUCCAACCGUGAUGCCGAAGCUAUUAUUGCCGCCAGUCAUCAAGCACCGUUUGGAAAGGGCGAAGAAACCCUUGUCGACACUAGUGUGAGGAAAACGUGGGAGGUAUCUCCAGGCUAUUUCGAAUUGAAGAACCCAGCUUGGCAACCAUUCAUCAAAACUGUCGUGGCGAAAGUGAGUGCUGGGCUUGGGGGUGGAUGCUACCGGCAAUGGCGUAUCCGCGGAGCUUUACAAGAUGCUAUUGCUCCCCGUAUGUUUGCGACACUAGUCAUCGCUCUGCCAUCAAAGCAUGAAGGAGGAGAAGUUCGAGUUACACACGCAGGGAAAACAAGGGUGUUUGAGACAGCAAAGUUCUCCGAUUUUGGAUCAUCCUUCCUGGCGUGGUUUUCGGACGUUACACACGAAGUGAAGCCCGCCGUCUCGGGUCGGAGAAUUGUCCUCACGUACAAUUUAGUCCAUCAAACUCUUGGGCCAAAAGAGUUGGGGGCAAAUACAAAUGUGGCAAUGUCCAAGUUGAGGUUGCUCCUUGUAGCAUGGAUAAAGGGACUCGAAGAGGAUGACACAUUCCCAUCUACUCAAGCCUUCUUAUUUGAGCAUCAAUACACCGAUGCAAGCCUUUGCUAUGAUGGCCUCAAAGGCCAUGAUCGCGACAAGUCGCCUCGCAUCUACGUGAAGCUUGCAACGAACUCGGUCACCGGCGGCUGCGAUGGCUCUGAUGUUGACGACGGUUGGGGUUACGGUGGAGGGGGAGGAGGAGGAGAUGGAGAAAUACAUGAAAUUACCGACGAAAUUGAAAGAGAAACGUCCUUGAAAAGAGCGGUGGAAUUGGAUGGAACGGAAAUCGCUACGGACUUACCAUUCGACGAGGAAACUUUUAUUCAAACAGAUGCCCUCGCAGACGUAGACCCUGAUGAUGAGGACUACUCUGGUUUCACGGGUAACGAAGGCGUAUCGACGACUCAUUUUUACCAUCGAACUGUGGUAAUUUUGAUACCGAGAAGCUAUAGGAUAGAAUUCUUCCUUGGCCCAUAUAGGACUACAGAUGAAUAUCCCUAUAGCUUUCACUUGAAGCAGGCUCGGAAGCAGAAAGUGCUAGAGUGGAUCGAUCGACUCUCUGCGAAGAACAUCCAUGAUACCAGCGAUCAGUCGAAGAGAGAGGAUCUCGAACAAAUUUGCAGAAUGGUGAUCCGUCAUACGAAGGCAUGGAUAUCAAAGCCGGCACCAAUAGCAGGCUGGCGCGCCGAUUUGCCUCCAUUCCCCGACAAUGUUCUGAUGCGAGUCGUAACUUUGUCUCUUGAACUUGACGAGAAGUCUCUCUUUGUUGGAGCUUACAGAGCUUGGACCCAGAAGUCUUCUUCGACCCCUUCUUCGACCAGACCUGGAAAUACAUCCCCCGAAGCCUUUCAAUCGGUUGGAACUGCAUUUCUGCGGUAUGGCAUGGAAAGUUUCCUACCAACACUUUCCGUACAGUGUUCUGAGAUUGUCAAACUGGCUGAUCGCUUCCAAUUGAUGAAUGCAGUGGAGCUUGGGUUCGAGACAGAGGCUCAAAACUCUGGCAGAGUAUAUACUGUUUACAAGGAUUGGAUCAACUCGGAAACUGACAAAGCCCUGGCGUCUCCGAAUGUUUUGAUUGAAACUACGGAAGAUGGGGCUUUACUUACACAUCUCGCCGAGAAGGUGCCAUUGCAAGAUAUAUUCAAUAAAAUCUUGCCUGUUGUGAAAAGAAAUGUACAUCACACACUAAUGGCCACGGCAUUUUUAAUCCGCAUCUUUGACGCUGGCAUUACUGGCAAAAUCAAAGAAAAGGCCACUCAAACCAUCUUCAUCGAUGUCAUUUCAGACCUAACCGAUCACUUUAGUCUGCGUUGGCUUGGUGACCUUGAAAUAUCCAAAAAGAGGGUAACAGCUUAUAGCUGGGCUGCGCCCCUGAUCACCCAAACUAUAGUACCAGAUGACUACAACAGCGUCAACAUUAGCACGUUAAUCUGCAAUUGUGUGACUUUAGAAUUGGAUACUGAAUUAAAUCAAAUUCUUACUAAAAUGGCCAAAGAAGCAGAGACAGCCCCCAUCGAGCUCUACGAGACAAUAUAUAUGCCCACCCUUAAAUUAUUGAGCACAUCGUCACCAAAGGAGAACUUCACUGGCCAUGGCUCGUCAUUUAAGCAAUUCUCCCAGUCAAUGCUUUCAACCUACAUAAUCCGCUAUGUCCAAAUGGAACCCGCCAAACCGGCUAGUUGGGCACGACAGCGAACUAGCUGUGGCUGCAAUGACUGCCUUUCGCUCAAUAGAUUCCUCAUCGAUGAAACCCAACAGAUUGGCAGAUCCCCAGUCGGCAAGGCGCGCCGUGCUCACUUGCAUUCCCAACUCAACGGGCGAGCUGGCUUCACGCACGAGACGGAACGAAGGGGCAAUCCACAGACUUUGGUGGUAACUAAAAAUAUAGGUGCCUAUGAAGCUUCUCACAAGGCUUGGACUGAGCGAUGCAACGUUGCUAGAAAGCAUUUGAAGGAUUUGGAGGAGACGUCUCUGAAGAACUUACUUGCAGAGAAAUAUGUCCCUAUUAUGGCAUUAUCGCCAAGUAAGCUUACACCCACAUCGAGACAGCAACAGCAACAGCCGCUGUCUUCGAUUGUUAAUUCGUCAGAAUCCUCUUCAAGGGGUGCGCUUCCGCCAAUUACGAAGAGAAAAGUUCCAACCAAGGUUGUUGUUAUCGAAGACUUGGAUUAG